CAGAGGUGUUAGUUACUAUCUUCUUCACCAUCCAAAAAAAGAAAAAAUCACCACCGCCCACUGAUGCAAAGUCUAUGUGCUCCGCCUCUACACUUUCCGACCACCGCACUCCGUUUCCGUCGAAUUCCGACGACGUCCUUCGCGCGCUCAGCGAAGGCAGAGCUCAGAGAAGAGAAUGACCCUUUGCUUCAAUCAGCCAUCAAGUCAGCAUCUCUCCGUCUGCAAGAAACCAAUCGAACAGACCCUUUAUUCAUCGACCCCUAUGCCGCUUGCUUCUUACCUCCUUCUUCAAACAAGGAACUGAACAUCCCUGAACAAGAACAACGUUACUGUCUUGCAACAAAGUUCAUCGAUGACAAGUUGUUACAUGAAGCUAAACGCAUUGAUGGACUAAAGCAGGUUGUUUUGUUCACAGAUGGAAUGGAUACUCGUCCUUAUAGACUUAACUGGCCUACUUCCACUAUGAUCUUUGAUGUUUCACCACAAAAGGUUUUCGAUGUAGCAUCUAACAAGCUUCAGGGUGUGGGGGCUAGGAUUCCUAAAGGUUGCAUCUUCUUUCACAUUCCUGUGGAGUCAGGAGACAUAGAGCAAUGUUUACGGUCCAAAGGGUUUAGCGGGAACCGCCCAAGUAUAUGGGCAAUGCAGGGCUUGCCUAUUGAGUCACAAUCUUGUUUUGAAGCGAUUCUAUCAGCAGUUAGUAGCUUAGCUAUGAAUGAAAGCUAUCUCAUAGGAGAAUUGCCUACUGAUAUCACACACCAGUCAGAUUUGAAGAAGUGGAUGGAGAAACUGUUCAUGAGCAACGGUUUCCAGGUGAACAUAGUUAGCUAUGAAGAGAUCGCUGAGAAUUUAGGCGUUGCAUUACAUUCACAAGUGAACAAUGACACGAUUAUGUUUGUAGCACAACAGCUCAGGUUUUCAGAUGAUCAGAUGGAGAAAUGGAGACAAGAGUUUGAGAGGGUUGAAGAAGAUGGAGAUGAACAAGGAUUUGAAGAGCUCUGAAAUAAACAAUGUCUACAUUUUCUAAAUGAAAGUUGAGCUCAGGAAUUUUCUGCAGUUCAUGGAGAAAUUUCAACGCAUCUGUUCACACAAAUCAACACAACUUCUUUUGAACUGGAACAGAAUUUGACAACACUUUUUCCACUCUACCUAUAGCAUGUGUCAACACACCCAUCAAGUUACAUUCAACUCAUGACAGACGAAGAAAACUGUUUCAUAGACAAGUCAAUUUGUUUUUUUUUUUCUGAGUUGCUCAUCUGCAAUUGUUGUUCAGUUUCUUUAAUGGAAGCUUUGUUUAUCAUUUGAUGUGUUUAUAUAUUAUUUAUAUACUUAAAACUUCGAAGGUUAGAUCAGGAGCUGCAGGAACUAGGGAUCUAUCUUCAUGGUUGAAAUGAUACACAAAAUUUGUUUUAUCUCAACUCCACUGCAUUGUAAUUCAUAUGAAAAUCAAUUGCUUCUUGCAGAUGACGAACAGAGUAU